AGUAAGAGAGAAAUAGAGAAGGCUAUGGAUUUGGGUAGUGAUGUAGAGAAGAAGAUUAAGUUUGACCCUAAAAUGGAAACGCCACAAGAAUAUGCUUUAUACUGCAACUGGGUUUCCUUCAAGAUCUUCUUCCAUAAAGACCCCAAAGCCCUCAUCCAGACCUUCGAUCUCGCCGGAAAUACUGCCAUCCACGUCUCCACCCGGUCCGACGACCCCGACCUCAUCCGACAACUCCUCGACAUGCUUCCUGACGACGGGGAUCGCCGGCAAGCGCUGAGGAUGGGGAAUGCUCACAACAACACGCUUCUUCAUCAGGUCAUUUUCUGCAACAAUCUAAAGAUGGUCGAAACCGUGCUCAACUCCGAGAUGGACAAGAAGCUAAAGAAGACUAAUGAUGAUGAAGAUGAUCUAUUGGAGCUGCUGAACGACCUCGGUGAAACGCCGCUGUAUAGGGCCGCCAAGUGCGGACGGCUGAGGAUGUUGAAGCACAUGGCCGGAUUAGUGGAUGAUAUGAAGAAGCAUUUUCACAGGCGACAGCCAAAACUAGACAUCACUUCCAUUCUUCACAUCGCUAUAAUUGGCCAACAUUUUGAUGUGGCAGUUUGGCUGUCGAAAAAGGAAGGGAUAGAGAAAGUAGCGUUCGAGAACGAUGGGAACAAAUUGACGUGUCUUCAAUUGCUUUCCAGAAUGCCUUCUGUUUUCCAGAGCUAUAAUUCCCAGUCUGGUUUCAUCCACAACCUCAUUUAUGCUUUUCUUCCAGACAAAGGUUAUGAUGAUGAAGAUGAAGAUAAUGGAUUUAUGAGAGGGAAGGGAGAUUUAGAAACUGGAAAAAACAAGCUCAAGAAACAAAUCUCAUUACGUUCUGUUUUCUCAAGGAUUUGCUACACUCUCUGGAAAAUUAUCGCCAAAGAAUGGGAUAUUGUGAAAGAAAUCUGGGAGAGGAAGAAGAAACACAGGUUGGCAGAGUUACUAGCGGACUUCUUAGUAAGCCAGGACAACUCAUGGAUGGAAACAAAACAUGGAGAACCUCCAACCGAGGUUGUCCUGUCAGUGAUUCAACCCUCCAAUGUCACCGCCACGAAGAAAUUAGCCAUGCUCGAAAAGACCCACUCGCUCGAGAAACCCAUCCCUUGCAAGGAUUACACGCCAUUGCUGCUAGCAGCGAGCACAGGUAUCGUGGAGAUCGUCAAGAGGAUCAUCGAGCUUCAUCCAGACGCCAUCUCUCACAUUAGCCAACACGACGAGCAGAACGUGCUUCACGUCGCCGUCAAGCAUCGUCAGAAAUAGAUCUAUAAGCUGUUCAAGAAAUAUGGAGCUCUCAGAUGGUUGGGUUGUCAGAUGGCAAAUCAAGGUCAGACUCUAUUGCACCAGGUUGCGGGGAUGGAUUAUUAUGAUGGAGGCAAUCAGCUUGGUGUUGUGUUUCAACUUCAGGACGAGCUACGUUGGUUCGAACGAGUGAAGAGAAUAGUACCUUCUCCUUACCAGUUAUAUUGCAACGACAAUUACUUAACAGUAAGAGAGCUUUUUGAUUUAGAGCAUUUAGAAAUGCUAAAGGAAGCCCAAGAAUGGAUCAAGGGGACAGCUCA